CGCACAACUGACACCGGAUCCAGUGAUGUGCACGCAACUGGCGUCAGAUUGAGGCAACACCGCAAUCCUUCCAGUGGCUCUCGCAGGGAAAAUGGAUUUUAGUGCAAUUCUUCUGGUGUUCUCCGUCUUCAAUGGAUAUGUUUAUGCGACUUCUGGACAUGAAAGUUGCGGAACAAAGGGAGAUAUAGUUUUUCUUCUGGACAACUCGGGCAGUAUAGCGGAACAUGACUUCAAGAUGAUGCUGAGCUUUGUCAAAGACGUCGUCAAGAAAUUUAAAUUGAGUACGACACAGGUGCAGGUGGGUCUGGAAACAUUUGAGGUCGGUGUCAAGACCGAGUUCACGCUGAGCCAGCACACUAGCAUCGAGGACGUGCUGAAAGCAGUGGACACGGUGUCCUAUGUGGGCGGUGGAAGCACGAACACGGGGGACGCCUUGGAACAUAUCAGAAAGAAGUCUUUUUCAACAGCAUCUGGUCACCGCAGAGGGGCACCCAAGUUAGCAAUAGUUGUCACUGACGGUGUAUCCUCCUACAAAAACCGCACCAAAAAUCAAGCCAAGCUGGCAAGGGACAGUGGCAUUACGCUGAUGGCAGUAGGAGUCGGGAAAGGCACAGACCAACAAGAACUGCAAGACAUAGCAAGCGAUCCGGAUUCCAAGUAUCUUUUCCACAUCAAAACAUUUGUUGGAUUAAAGAUGAUCGAGAGCACUCUAGCGGCUGCAACGUGUACAAAACUGCAAGGACUGGCAAGUGACUGUGGUAAGAAGGGAGCAGCCGACAUCGUUUUUCUUUUGGAUUCUAGCGGUAGCGUAGGAAAAGAAAACUUUGAGAAGAUGAAGGAUUUCACCAAAGAAAUUAUUGACGAAUUUACGAUUGGUUCCAAUGCGGUCCAGUUCGGGAUAGUAAUUUUCAGCACCCCUGUUACCGGAGCUUUUCCGCUAAACAAGUAUAGAGAUUCUACACAGCUUAAGAAAGCCAUCAGUACCAUCCAGUUUCAAAAUGGAGAGACGCAUACUGGAAAAGCAUUGGAAUACUUGCGCUUACACAGUUUCUCAAGUAAAGAAGGUGCGAGGUCCGAUUCAAACAUUCCCAAAAUCGCCAUUGUGAUCACAGACGGCCAUUCAACGUACAAGGAUAAAACGCUCGAACACGCCGAGAAGCUGAAGGAACAGGGUGUGGAGAUUUAUUCUAUUGGAGUUGGAAGUAAAGUAGACGAAGACGAACUCUUGAAAAUGGCUUCUAAUAAGAACAUGUUCCGAGUGGACACUUUCACUGCUUUGGCUCAUCUCCAGCCACUGCUUCUUAGGCAGGUGUGCACAGCUCCAAACUCUUGUCUUGGGAAAUCAGAUGUUGUUUUCCUUUUGGACUCCUCGUGUAGUGUAGGGAAAGACAACUUCCAGAAACUGAAACGCUUCGUCAGCGACGUUACAUACAACCUUUACAUCGACAAGAAUGGGGUUCAGAUGGGGGUAGAAACUUACGAGUGCAAGGUUCACACCAACUUUGAAUUGAAGCGAUACCAUAACAAAGUGAAAAUGCAGAACGCUAUCAACAACAUAGAAUAUAAACCUGGUGGCACCAACACCGGGGACGCCAUUAAACAUAUGUGGAGUCGCAGUUUUAGUUCAGAAUAUGGGAAAAGAGAAAAUGUUAGAAAACUAGGCAUUGUUAUCACUGAUGGUGACUCCAAAAGCAAAGCCAAAACAUUCUAUGAAGCACACAAAGCGCGGGAAAACGGUGUGACUAUGUUAGCCAUAGGAGUGGGUAAAAUGAACCACGAGGAGCUGAAAGGAAUCGCCAACGGUACCGACUAUCUCUUUACAACCAAGAACUACGAUUCCCUCACAGACCUGACUAAAAGUGUAAUCAAGCUGGUGUGUCAAGGUAUUUGUUUUCCCGCGUUGGUAAUUCGAGGUACAUUAAUAUGUUCUAUGGUUGGAUAUGUUAUAAAGACUUUUUAUAUUUUAUUUCAGUUUGAACAACAGGAAGAUUUCAAUGUAUCAUUUAAUUUUUGCUUAAAUAAACCAAGUUUAUUAGGGGAGAGUUGUCUUGGCAAUUAGU